AUGGACACAUUCAGAGACCCCAAGACUGGUGGGCCUGGGACGACGCUGAGGACCCCAUGGAGGCGGAAACUAGAGUCACAGCCGGAUGAUCCCAAGGCGCGGGAAGUUGUUCACACCCCCAUACUCCGGGGUCCCGCCACCUCCCGCGUCCGGGUCCGAGUCCGCGCGCCGCGGUUCCCGGCGCCUCCUAGAUCUCCACGGAGCUCCGCCCCGGCCCCGCCCCGCGCCGCUCGGCCCCGCCCCGCCGGCCCCGGAGCCCCCCGAACCCUCCGAUCCGCGCGGCGCUGCAGGAAGGCGCAGUUUGGGUCUGAGGGCGACAGGCACCACGUCGUCUGCCUUUCAAGGCACCGAGAGGCGACAAUCGGACGUUGGGAGCAGGGCCCACCACCCAGGGCGCAGCCUGGGCCACCCGAGCCCUCGAUGGACGUCAGCCACGGUGGCCGCAGCGGGGACAACCGGGCUGGGAAGGAGAAAAUCAAGCGGGGUGUCGAGGGUCCGGCCUCAGACGCGCCCAUUUCUGGCGGGGAGCUGCGCUGGCCCCGCUGA